AUGUCGUGGAAGCCUUCAAUUACUGGUACAAAUAAUAUUCCGCUGGGAAGACGAAGAAUAGGCGGAUCUAUGGAUGAAUAUGAUAUGCGAGAAGAUUUUGCUGAACAAGCUAAAGAAUCAAGCAGUACAGGAAACUCUCUGAAAAGAUCUAAUGAAGAAAACGGGGAACAAACAGAUGGAAGUGAGGAACGUAAGCGCAAGAGAAGAAGCAGGUGGGGCGGGGAAGAAUCGAAAGUCAACAUUCCAGGUUUACCAACUGCCAUUACUUCUAAUAUGUCAAAGGAGCAAUUAGAUACAUACCUGCUUCAUAUGAGAUUAGAAGAAAUCGGUAGAAAAUUGAGAACCGGCGAUUAUGUUCCACCUGAGAGAGAAAGAUCACCAUCUCCGGAACCAGUCUAUGACUCUCAAGGGAAACGUGUAAAUACCCGUGAAUACCGUUAUCGAAAGAAGUUAGAAGAUGAACGUCAUAAAUUAAUUGAAGAAGCUAUUAAAAGAAAUCCAGAUUAUAAACCUCCAGCAGAUUAUAAACGACCAACUAAAGUACAAGACAAAGUCUAUAUUCCUGCUAAAGAAUUUCCUGAAAUUAAUUUCAUCGGUUUGUUGAUCGGCCCUCGUGGCAAUACACUCAAAAAAAUGGAAUCUGAAUCCGGUGCAAAAAUUAGUAUUCGUGGUAGAGGAAGCGUGAAAGAAGGAAAAAGUAGAACUGAUGCUGCUGCAAAUGCUAACCAAGAAGAAGAUUUACAUUGUCUGGUUACAGCUGAUGCCGAAGAAAAAGUUGCCAAAGCAGUUAAAAUGAUUAAUAAGAUCAUUGAAACGUCUGCAUCUGUACCAGAAGGUCAGAAUGAACUUAAACGGCAACAAUUACGCGAGCUAGCAGCUCUUAAUGGUACUCUCCGCGAUGACGAAAAUCAAAUUUGUACAAAUUGUGGUGCCACAGGCCAUCGAAAAUACGAGUGCACCGAGUCACAAAAUUUCACUAUUAAUCUUACAUGCCGCAUCUGUAGUGGUCAUGGUCAUACAGCAAGAGAUUGCAUGGAAAGAAAUAAUCCAGAAGCUUUACAACAGGCUAAGCAAAGAGAUCAAAAAUUAGAUAGUGAAUAUAUGAAUCUAAUGGCUGAACUUGGUGAGAAUGUUGAUGCGUCGAGAACUAAUGAACUUGGUGUGAAAACUGGGCAUUAUGGUCCUUCAAGCGGACCAAAGCCUCCGUGGGCUGCACAAUCUGCAGCUGCUCCUCCAUGGGCAGUAAAGCCUAACGUUGCUAUUUCUGGUAUUCAAACGGCGGCAUCUGGUUUGCCACCUUGGCAACAACCCGUAUCUGCAACCGCAAUUCCGCCACCGCCUGGUUUGUCCAAUCCACCGCCACCACCGCCAGGAUUAUCAUCCACUACGACAGCAUGGAAUAACACCAAAUUAACCUAUCCGCCUCCACCCGGAUCUUCUCUUUAUCCUACUGCACCUGCAUCAAGUGCUUUAUAUCCGCCGCCUCCUGCUACCUUAAAUUACACUUACUCUACUUAUGGUAACACUGCUGGUUAUUCUGCUUAUGGUACAACUUAUUCAGCAGCUGCGGCGGCUGGAUAUCCACCACCCCCGCCUUCUGCGCACUGGGAAGAAUAG